AUGACGGCCAGAUCAUCCCCGGACAGCGACGCCGCGGUGAGCGACGACCACCGCCGCACGUACAGCCACGACAGAGAAAGAGCUGACAGGGAGAGUCACCCACGUGAGGUCGCGGGGACGUGGAAGGAGGUCACGUUAUAUGAAAUAUCAGAAGAUCCACAACGAAAAGAGUUUUUAGAUGAUCUCUUCAUGUUUAUGCAAAAACGAGGAACGCCCGUUAACCGAAUUCCGAUCAUGGCGAAGCAGACACUGGACCUGUACGAGCUCUACAAGCUGGUCGUCUCUAAGGGAGGCCUCGUCGAGGUCAUCAACAAGAAGAUCUGGAGAGAGAUCACGAAGGGCCUCAACCUGCCAUCGUCCAUAACGAGUGCCGCCUUCACGCUGAGAACACAGUACAUGAAGUACUUGUACCCGUACGAGUGCAUCAAGAUGAAGCUGAGCAACCCGGAGGAGCUGCAGGCGGCGAUCGACGGCAAUCGGCGCGAGGGCCGCCGCUCGAGCUACGGCGCGUACGACAUCCCGCUGUCGCCGACGGGCAUCUCGCCGUCGAUGGUGCCCUCGUCGCGUCACAUCAACGGCAACGGCUCGUCAUCGCACUCGCACUCGCACUCGCACCACAUGUCUUCCAUGAAGGCGCUGAUGAUGCGCGAGGAGAACCUCGGCUCGAUGAAGAUGGAGAACACUCACUCAGCAGCAGUGUCGUCGUCGGGCGAGGAGGAGAAUCACAUGACGCCGAGCAUGGUGCAUCAGCGCGAGGUGAUGCAGGCGUCGAUUGGUCUGGAGACGCUGCGCGCGAUCGAACACCAGCGCAUGGUCGAGCAUCAGAAGGUGCUGGAAGCUGCUUCCAGGUAAGCUAAGCUGGCUGAGGAAGCCAAUGGUCUCGUCGCGCCUAGCAGCGAAGAGGCCUGCAUGUCACUAGCUUUGGAUGGAUUGGGGAACAAACAACUGAGGGCUAGCACAUCACAUUGCCAUGGCCUAGCGCACUUCAAGAGCUGACAGCAGAGGUAGUGACGGCCAAUCAAAAGAUAGCUCACUCGUCGUCAGCAUGGAGAUCAAUGGGAUUCUAUACCAGGGCGUGCUUUUUGCUCAAAAUCCACGAAGUGGGAGAUUGCCGUGAGUGCCUUCUUAGUUUUGCUUUGCACGGGACACGGCGAUGGAGAGACACUGCUACAGGGACGACCGUCUGCUGCGGCCGAGAGAGAGAGGAAGAAGGAGCGGAAACGUCUGCUGCGGCCGAGAGAGAGGCAGGAAGAGCGGAAGCGUCUGCUGGCCGCGCCGCGCCGCGACGAGGGAAACUGUUAAAUGCAUACGCUAUGUUUUGUCGACCCACAAUUGUAAUGCUUCUCAGGUACGAUGUUCUCGGGUCAAUUUUCGUAUAAUUUUGUCGAUACGUGGGUCUCAGGGUUUUAUUUUUCGCGCGCGCGUAAUGUUGUUUGCACUGUACCGUGUUAUGCCCUUUGGUUUCGGCGGCAGGAUUUCGCCGAGCUGUCAACCAGUCGCCGGUGGCUCGUUUACAGAAAUUUCGAUAUCGUAUCUGUUUUCUAGUGCCACGCAUCAUGGUUUUUUACACGCGAUGCGCACUCGUUCACGAAUCUCAACGUUGUUGACACGGGAAUGGCGGGUAUUUAUUAGCGAUAAAUCGAACAGUCUGCAUUACGUAUCUACCUAUCCGAUUUUGAUCUGUUAUGAAACGUUUAUAUGUUUCUUAUUCGGCAAGUUUUCUCAUAUACCAUCCUACCUCUCUUGUGUGUUGGCACCGGGAAACAGAUAACUAAUUAUGGCCUUAUGUUAAUAUUUAAAAAAAACUUAAAGCGGGUUAAUAUCUCAGUUGAUUACUUUAGAUUUUUCUUCACUACGGACGUAGGUGUGUUUUAUCGACGAGUUUCUGUGUACAGGCUUACAGUGUGCAGACGUGUAUUCUAGGUGCUCGCGUAAAUCCAAGCUUGUUGCCAAAUUAGAACUGGAUUUUGAGGUCUCAAACGUUUUUUUUUGUUAUCUUAUGGGCAUUUUGCAGCCAGAUGCAGACGUUAGUUGUCCCUAAUGUUUGACCCCCCGUUCCCGUCCCAACCCUAACUUCCUCCCUCCACUUCCUCCUUUACUGUGUGACGUUCACAUAUCAGUUUAUGAUACUACAUGUAAAACAUUGACUAGAAUUAUGUACUUAAUGUUAAUCGAUAGGGUAGCUUUGACUUACGAUGUAUGAUAGCAAAUUUCUCAAGCUUUCAAUAUUGUAAUUGGGUACUAUAUGUGUAUGUUUGUUCACGCGUGCGUGUCUGUUUCUAUGCGUGCAUAAUUGUAUCUGUCCAUACAUGUAUGUUUGUGUUCGUGUGCGUGUGUGUUUGAGUGCGCACGCUUGUGCCAUAUGGGAUGCAAACCUAAUCUCUUUGCAAUCGAUUGGUCGCGCAUUUACGUUUCUCAGAUGGAGUUCUCUCUAAACUUAUGUGCCUCGUGUAUCGCAGCGAGAGCAGGCUGCACGCGCGUCGCCCCCCAUCCCAGCUAUGACCACGCCCUCCCGGGCUCAUCUCAGGUGUUGUAUCAGUCGUCACUGCCCGGGAGCGUGGGUCGCAGCUCGGCUGGGACACGCGCUGUCACCUGCCGGUCCCGCUACCUGCCAUACGGAGGCUCGGCUGUUGCGUUUAACAGUGUUCUCGGUCGGUGUCUAGAUGUAGGAAAAGUUAAUAUCGGCAGUGAUAAUGCGUGUUUGUUUCGUUUUCUUCGAAGCUUUUUGCAAACCAUGUUUAUAUCCCGUGUAUUAUUUUUUAGUAUAUCCGCCUCUGCGUUUCGCUCCCAAGCGCAGGCUCUUAAUAUUAUUAAUUUAUUUUUAUGGAGGCGUGGCCUGUCGCUUGGGACCGAACUGUUUGAGGAUGCCAUAUUUUGCUCUAUACAGUUUCUCACAUUUUGAGGCCCAUGGGGCCUGUGUGUUUUUAUCUACUCCUGUGUAGUUUAAGUGUAUAUAUAUUGCUGAAAGCUUCUAUCUAGUUGAGAUUUUGUAAAGGUUAGCAUAAGAGAACCAUUGUACCUCAUGUUGAUGACGGGUGAAUGCGAAGGACAGCAUCUGUAUCAUAGCCAGGUGGCAGCCACGGCAAAUAUGGCCACUACUCAAAGAUGGCCGACACACGAACGAGCGCAAGCAGACGAAGAGGUUUCGUUUGCUGCUCAUGCUGCUAGCAAUCAGGUUCAGAUACGGCCAAAUGUGCGAUAAAGGAGCACUGACUCAACUUCCAAUCAGCUACUAUGUGUAGGUACUGUCAUGCGAUGUAUGAAUCUGGUUAUUGCAGUGUAAUAGUGGUAUGCAUGACAGUACCGUAGCGAAAGUAGGCGAGUUCUGGUGAAUCUAAUUGAAAUGUCAGCAAUUAAAGGCAAUUUACUGGACACGAUGAACCAAAAUUACCUUAGGCAAAUUACAGUUUUGGCUCACUGGAAGUUUGUAAAAUGUUACCCUGCCGGAUGGCUGAUAAAAUAACCAAAAUGGCCGAUGGAAUGUUGGGGGUGCUGUGUUGCGUACUGCCCCUGACAUGACACAGAUGUUGUGUAGCUGAUCAGCAGGACUACUUACUGCAGUAGUCUUGUUUCACGUACGAAAAUCUCAACAGUGUCCCGUGGUAAAUAAAUGUCUUCACCGCGUAUAGUUACGGAAAACGCGUGUAUAAUGUAAGAAGCAUAUUGAAUUGCGUUUUCACCCUACAGAGGACGCCACUCGCAACAUCGGGUGAUGACGUCGAAGAGUGGUGCCCGAGGUCGCUUCGGCUUAAAGCAUGAUAGACUUACAAAGCAACGCCACAACCUCACGGGUGUCAGCAUCAGGGGUUUAAUCAGUAACGAAAGCCUGCUAUGUUCCGUGCAAUAUGAUCAGGUCUACCUCAGAAAUUGAGAAAUGCCUAAAAAUCGAGCAACGAAUAUCGCUGGCAAUGGGUAUUUGUUUCGACGCGCAACAUUAUCAGUCAGAAUGGGUAUCAUCAUAGUCUUUAAACCGUCACUACCUCGCAGCAGUGUGGCUAUGUUAGUUAGAUAUAGUAGUCCGGCUCCACUCAACGUUGUGUGGUGGAUUGGAGUGGAGACGUGGGAGUCGAUAAUAAGCGGGUAGAAUUUCAUUGAUCAUGAUCAGGGGAUGAAUCUCAGGGACACAUGAGAGACAGCAGUCUGUCUGAGGUUGUGCACAAUCGCAGUCGGCACAGCGGCGGAGGUCGGCACGUUUCGCCUAUAGUGGCGCCACCGUGUGGCAACAUUCAACCUGACAAGCUUCCGCAGUUUCCGUGGGUGCGGCGGCCUCUUUGAAAUUGCAUGCAAUUUUGAAUUGGCAUUGGUUCGAUUCAGAGAUUUUGAAUUGAGACCUCUAAAAGCGCGCGCAAUGCACGCAGGCGGCCCGCGGGAAUUAAAACCGUGCGACGGCGCCCAUCUAGGUGAUCGCUCAGUGCUGAAUGGCCAACCUUGUCUCCCGGCCGCUAAGAGCACCACGAUAAAAGGAAGCCCUUACUUUUAAUUUAACGGGUUCAGCUCAGUGCUUCCACUCACAGAGAUGUUUGUUGUUUAAUUAUGUUGUGCACCUGUAGGAAACUCACUUAUUAAGACGUCACUCCCUGUAUAUAUAUAUAGAUAAGGUGUAGAGCGAAAGAGAGAGAGAGAGAGAGAGAGAGAGCGAGUAAAAGAGAGAGAGAGAGAGAGAGAGAGUUGUGCUAUCGUGUACAUUAUCGCAUUAUCCUAGAAAUUAUCACUCGGAAUGGGGGCCACAUGUUCGUACGCUCACGCAUAACUCGCAGAGCCCCGUGAUUGGUUCUCUCCAGGUAGUAUUAUGCAGGGCAAAAUGGCUGUUCUGCUGCCAAUUCCAUCCGGUUUCCAUCUUGUAGAACAGUAGAACCAUGUGCAAUUCAUCAUAUGGCCCAACCACUAAUCUCUCUCUAUAUAUGUGUGUGUGUAUAUAUAACAACUGGAUAGAGUGCGGUCCAGCCAAAAAUCACUUUUACACAGUCAUGAUAAUAUCGGUGCAAUACCUGCUGGUAUUUGUGCCAACCAAUAUGGCAGCCCAAUAACAUCAAAUAUCUCCCACAAUGCACCAUCCAAUUGUUAUGUAUACAAAUAUAUAGAGAAAGAUCAUCGAGUUAACUUUUCCACUGAUGCCAUUUUGCCCAAGACGUAGCCGCCUUGGUAGCAGGGCAGAGUUGAUGUGUUAUCGGUCAGCUCUUGAAUGGCGCUGCCACUUGCUUCCGACUGGAGUAAGCGUACAUUCAUUUGCACCCCCAUUCCUGCAACUGCUAUGCUGUUACACUCUCGACGCAUUAAAAAAUUGUGAGCUCUAUUUUUAUGAAAACGUUCUAGAUAGAUGGGUACAAGAAGGCGGACGCAUGCACAUGCAUUGCAAGCUCGUCCGUUCCCUGAGCCACGGUGGUAUAUAUCACCGUGCGUUUGUGCAGCCAAUUAGUGGUAGGAUAUUUGCAUUGGAACAUUUAUGGGUACAUAUAUCUAGCGAUAAAUGUCCCAAUUCAAAAAUCUCACGUGCAGACACUUAGGGGGUGUUAGCUCUGACCAGCCCUAGGUGGUGGUAGGUACACUUGUGCCGCAUGUGCAUAGGAAGAAAGAGAAGAGGCAGAGCGGCGUAACCACUGACCUACGUGUAACAGCCAGGCAGAGCAUUGUCCUAUUUAAUUACGCCAUCUUGGAAGAAUCAGUUUUAAGCGAGUCGAAAUAACAUUGUGCGUUGAAACAAUAUCUAACCUCCUUACUGUCCGCUCUUUGAUAAUUCUGCCUUUGGGCCACACUAAUAAACAUAGUAAUUAUCACAAUGCGCUGUUAUAAUUCUCUGGCUGAUUAUUAUAUAUAGGUCAGUUGGCAUAAAAUGAGUUUUGACGUCACAGCCAAUUCAACAGCUGCUGUAAAAACAAGUGAACAGCUCACCGCUGUGAAGCCGUUCUUUUCUAGAUAAGUGUGGUGGAAAACGAAUGCCUAGUGUAUCACCAGUAGACAGGUAGUUGCGUGGAGCAACACGAGAACAGCACUCACACAAGAUGGCGCUGGCUGCUAUAUCUACUUAAAAAAUGGCGCCGCUGCAUGCGUCUGCGAUCGGGGUCAGAGGUCACUGCUUCAUGUAUUCCCCGGGUGCCGGAUUUUCGUUCCGAAUUUCUGCCUCGCGCCUUUCUUGUAUGUGAGACUGACGGAAGAACGAGAGCGAUGUAGGGGUAUGCAAAAUAGAUUACGACCAGGCAGCGUGCCGAGUUAACGCAGCCAGUCACAACCGGGUGAUUGACAGGUGUCACCAUAACUCCAAGUGCCCGUAUGUAAAGGUAUUCGCAUUGGGACGUUUACCGGUAUAUAUGUGUACCAGGCAAAUGUCCAAAUGCAAGAACCGUACCUGCAGUCACUUGGCAGUUGUCUCUGACAAUGACGUCUUCGGCUGGUUUCAGGUCAGGUGAAAGCUAGCUCGAGUUUCGACAGCAUUCUCUGCACUGUGUAAUACAGUGAAGGUUAUAGUAACUGGAGCUAACACGGUGGCAUAGGGGAAAAAGAGGCUGCACACUACCUUGUAGUGCCCCGGCUGGAUUCCAAAAUGAAUUGACACCGAGAUUUUGAGAUUUUUCGUACAUGUACGUACGUAAGGCAGUACUUUGUGUAAAUACAGAAAUCUGUUAUUUUAGAGUAUUAAUAAACGUAUCCUUUUACACAUUAUAGUUGCAAUGACUAAUUAACAGUGGUUGUUAUGAAGUUGGAGAGAAUUUAUAGGGUGUCAUCAUGGUUAUUGGAAUGUGCACGGCCAUUUUCUGCCCGGGUAUAUUGUAGACCAGAAUUGCUUGCGAAAUGGUUGGUGCUUGGGUUAGCACGUGUAUCAAAAUGUCACUUUUCUGGUUGAAACAGAGGUACGAACAAUUUUAACUAAUGAUUUUAUACGUGUAAAGUAUACUUGGCAUUUGGUUUGUCGUAUCAAUAAAGUGCACUUUUAGUUUUUAUUUUGUAACUGUACUACAAAUUUAGCACUAGGUGAAGCAAUGCAUUGGCUAUUCAGGGAAGAACCCUUCCUAGUCAACUCUUUUAACAAGGAAAUUUUUACUCGGUUGUAGAAUUUUCUUGCUUUGAUUGAUUCCUAUUAUUUUUAGUUUUGCUUUUGGUGUGAUUUUUCAGGGAAGCCCUUGCGGAUGUAUAAUGUACAUCAGUGGGCAAGCAUUGCAAAUGUAUGUACUUACACUGAAUAAAAUAAUGUUUUGGCA